AUGGCCGCUCUAUUGAAGCAACCGUUGAAAUUAGCCCUGGUGCAGCUCGCAUCCGGCGCGGACAAAGCCGUUAAUUUGGCCCACGCUCGCACUAAGGUCCUUGAGGCAGCACAGGCUGGAGCCAAGCUCAUCGUCCUCCCGGAAUGCUUUAACUCACCAUACGGAACCCAAUACUUCCCCAAAUACGCCGAGACUCUUCUCCCUUCGCCCCCGACCGAAGAUCAAUCCCCUUCCUAUCAUGCACUGUCAGCCAUCGCUGCCGAGGCCAAGGCCUACCUCGUAGGAGGUAGCAUCCCUGAACUGGAACCCACAACGAAGAAAUACUAUAAUACCUCCCUCGUGUUCUCCCCCACUGGCUCGUUAAUAGGGACCCACCGCAAGACCCAUCUGUUCGACAUUGAUAUUCCAGGAAAGAUCACAUUCAAGGAGAGCGAGGUCCUGUCUCCCGGAAACCAACUGACAAUUGUUGACCUUCCCGACUAUGGAAAGAUCGGCCUUGCCAUCUGCUACGAUAUCCGUUUCCCGGAGGCGGCCAUGAUUGCUGCGCGAAAGGGCGCUUUCGCACUCAUCUACCCAGGCGCUUUCAACAUGACUACUGGUCCCAUGCAUUGGUCUCUGUUGGCACGCGCUCGUGCGGUGGAUAACCAGCUGUAUGUGGGGCUGUGUAGCCCAGCGCGCGAUAUGGAUGCCACUUACCACGCAUGGGGUCACAGUUUAAUAGCCAACCCAACUGCGGAAGUCCUGGUCGAAGCGGAGGAUAAAGAGACCAUUGUCUAUGCUGAUCUGGAUAAUGACACCAUUCAAAGCACAAGGAAGGGUAUUCCUGUCUAUACGCAGAGACGGUUUGACCUGUACCCCGAUUCACUUUCAGCCAACGACAGCCGACGCCUCGUCAACUCCUUCAAAAUGUCCACCACCGUUCAGACCGGCAAGAAGCAGCGCUCGGCCAUCGCCGAUGUCGUCUCGCGCGAGUACACCAUCAACAUGCACAAGAGAUUGCACGGUGUUUCCUUCAAGAAGCGUGCUCCUCGUGCUAUCAAGGAGAUCAAGGCCUUCACUGAGCGUGCUAUGGGCACCAAGGAUGUCCGCAUCGACCCUCAGUUGAACAAGAAGGUCUGGGAGGCCGGUGUCAAGGGCGUUCCUUUCCGUCUCCGUGUCCGCAUCUCCCGUAAGCGUAACGACGAGGAGAACGCCAAGGAGAAGCUCUACUCCAUGGUCUACGCCGUCAACGUCAAGGAGACCAAGGGUCUCCACACCGCUGUCGUCGACGAGGAGUAA